UUUAUAAUUUACAAAAUCUUUUUUUCGCUAGUUGCUCAACUCGAGGCCAUUUUGGAAUGUCCUAAAGGCUCGUUGCCAUUCGAUCUGGAUGAAUGCGAUCCCAAUCGGAGAUCGCAAUGCCCCAGUGGAUUUACUUGCAGGUACACAAGUUCAUGUAUUGACUCAGUCUUGAACCUUAUACAAGUUGCAAACUCGAAUUGUAAAUAUUCUUUCUUACUC